AGUUGUACACCCACAAGCUGACAAGCAUAUAGACCGAAUAAAAUGGUCUAUGGGGACCAAAGUUGUUGAUGUAUGUAAUUCCACAUUUGCCCCCAAGCUAGAUCGGUUCUAACGGCUACUUGCAGACAGGCAUUUGAAAAGCAACGGCUGUCUACAACAAAGCAUUCACCAAACGCUCUUCUUCCUCACUCUCUCUCACGCACUCGCAGAAGCCGUUGCGACGCUCCACCGCACCGCACAGCACAGCCGGAAAUGGUGAAGGAACUCGGAAUCCGAUCCGCUUCACUGCCGGAGUCCAUUUGCAGCGGUAGCGGCGGGAGCAGUAUGGACACCGGAGAAGACGAGGAGUUCUACGAGAGGAUCGAGGCUCCUAAGUUCGUCGAUUUCACCGCUCCGGAUCAUUUCCGCCCCGACGAUCACUACUGGUUCUGCCUCCGUGUUGGAUGUGAGGAAAAACAUGAAGAAGAGAUGGACUCGGAGAGAAUCUACAAGGAUUUCGUUCUUCGGGUAAUGGCAGCAAGAAGUCCCAAUGUAAGGCUUCAAAAGGCACUAAAUAGAAAUGCUUCAAGAAACAUGAAGUGCCCAAUGUCAGUGCCCUCAAAAUAUUCGAAGCCCAGGGUGGUGUCAAGAUUAGCAGUGGCUUCAUCCAUUUCCAGGAAAUUGGGUUAUGAGAAAGAGAAAGUUAAACCUCCUACAAAUCCGAUGUCUACUCCAAAGGCUAAAACAAAGCAAGUUGCAGCCAAAUAUCUUACCACUCCUAGGAGCAAAAAGUGCCUUCCGGAUGCAAAUUCAUUUCGGAGUGUUCAGAAUCCCAAACCUACCACUCUUGCAGUGCCAAAGAAUCGGAUGGUGGCAAAGGCUCUCGCGUUCUCCUCUCCAAAGAAAGCUAUCAGUUUGAAGAAAUCUGUUGAGCUGCGUAUGCCUCUAACAAAGCUGUGUGAAGGGAUGAAGAGGCUCGAGAUAACAAGCCAAAAGAAGCGUUUAUUAGGGCAUUCUAACAGAUCAUUAAAGGAUGCUGGACAUACUCCAUUAAAGUCAAUGCCAUUAGAUAGUGCAGUAAAGGUUAAAACCUCCAAGAAGGAUAAUAGAGUGGCAAAGGUCCCUUCACAGUCCCAACCUCAAGCUGCUGAGAAAGUAAAGCCAGUCAAGUCUGUGAGGGGUAAGAAAGAAUGCAACUUGAAGGAGAAAGUUGAAAACGAGCCCUGCAGCAUGGAGGUCGAAGCAGAGAGUGAUAAGCAAAUAGAUGCAAACCCAUCCUCAGAGCCUCUAUCCAUGGCUCCAAGAGAGAAGCUGAAUUUAUCUAAUGAAGGAAGUGAACAGGAUACAGAAGAAAAUUCAGAGAAUGUAGAGAACUUUAAGAAUCAUUCUACUGAGACCCAACCCUCUGAAGUGCAUUAUCAUGAAAAUGCAUCCACAGAAGGCGAUGACAAAGAGAAUGAUGUAUCUGCCGAUGAAAACAGAACGGUAAAUGAUAACAACAUCAAGACCAAAAUUCUAGGCGAACAGACAAACACCAUAAAAAAGAUUAUCAAACCAGCAGACAAGAAUCUUUCAGUGCUGAAAUUCAAGAAACCAAAGCCUACAAACCCAAAGCCUUUCAGGCUAAGAACUGAUGAAAGAAGCAUUCUUAAGGAAUCUAACUUUGAGAGGAAAGGUCAGCAUCCAGACCCUCCCAGUGGAAAUUUGAUAAGAAAACAUGGAGCAGACACUCAUGGCAAUGGGGAGUCUAUAGAGCAACAAAAUAGGGGUGCUGGUAGCAACUGCAAGGGCAAGGAAUCAUCAGACACCGAUAGCAGUUUGACGAAAGGGAGCAGAACAGCAGAAAGAACCAAGAUGUCAAGAGACAAAGUAAGAUCAAAGACAGUCACUAUGACACCGAAAAGACCUAAUGCUUCCCCAUUCCAGGAAAGGGGUGAAAGAUCAGCUACCAGGAAGGUCAAAUCCCCCUUGGAGAAAAAACAAGCCGUGUUUCAAAGGCUUGCUUCAACAAAGAUGACAAUGGCAUCACCUAGUCGAAAUCUUGCAAUGACAGAUAAAAGUUCAUCCUCACGGGGAAAAAGACGAGUGACUGUCCCAAAGGAGCCACACUUCCAUACCACUUCCAAAAAGGUGCACUAGAAAGUUUACAUAGACACAGCUUCUGCUGCAUCUUUUAGGGUCGUCCUCAAUGGCUAAAAGACGGGUGACUAAUUCCACUCAUGUUGUUGCACUAGAAAGGUUGACAUGAGAUUGUUGUUCAAUUGAUUAUUGAAUUGUGUAAUGUUUAACUGCAAUGACAUUACACUAUAUUGUUUAUUACUUUAUAUUGUUUGUGUGGCUGAGUUUUCCAGAAGUGUUGUAGGCAUGUUUAUAUUUUUGUAACCAAUUUGUACACAAUCAUGGUUUGUCAUCUCUGUGUAAUAAUAGGAUGGAUGACCAUUUCUUUCAUCUGCUGUUUAUCUUA